UGGCCGGGUCGGGUCGCGGUGGCCAUCGCCUAGCUAGGGGCUGCCGCCCGCUGCUGGUGGCUGGCUUCGGGGAAGAGGGGACAGGUCUCUCUAGACCGCACCCACGCCUUCAGUUCACACUGGAGAAGGACAGCAACAACAUCCAGUAGACAUUGGACCUCAGAAAGUGAAUUGGAAGAGGUGGCUGACGAAAUGGACGCUAGAAGAAAACGCUGGAAGGAGAAUAUGUUUACUUCCUUUUUCAGUGCACAGGAUGUUCUAGAAGAGGCUUCUGAGCCUGAGUCGGCUUUUGAAGAAAUCACUGUAGAUAAGAUCAAGAGAAUGGAAGGAAUUUUUAACUUGUCCAGUAGAAAGUGUCAAGGAAAAAAGAAAUUUAAGAGGAAAGAAUGUAUUUCCCAACUAAAUAAAAAAGAACAAGAACCAAAUCUGAGAGAGACAAAGAUAAACAUUUCGAAGAAUGAAGCAGACACAAAUUCUGCCUCUUGUGAAUCAUCUAACUUGGAUGUUGCAACCGAAGAAAGCUUUAACGGCACAAAAGAUCACUCUACCUGGAGCACAAAGGAAUUACCUACUCUACCAAGACCAAACACAAGGAAGAAAUUUACUGGAGGAAUGUCUACAAAACUUCGCCUGAACCUUUUGAAUGAAGAACUGGAAGAACUUAAUAUGAAAUGCAGAAAGAUAGAAGAGGAAUUUGAAAAUGCCGAAAAAGAACUUUUGAACUCUAAAAAAGAAGCCCUCACAAAACCCCUAAAUUUUCAAGAAACAGGCAUGGAUACUUCGAAGAAGGACUGGGAACUUCAAGCUUUAAGAAAUGACCUAUCUGAAAAAGCAACAAAUGUAAAAACAUUGACUGAAGAGCUGCAGCAAGCCAAGGAAGUCAUCCACAAGUUGAACCUAGAGAAUCAAGAUUUAAAAGAAGCUGUUAGGAAGUUAAAGCUUCAAAUUGAACUUGGAAAUGCACUCCUAAAAGAAGAAAUGAAAUUGUAUUAUGAAUUAGAAAUGGAAAAGAUCCAUGGAGAACUCAAUGCCAUCAAGAAUGAACUGAGAGCUGAGAAGUCCCUGCAGGCAAGAAAUAACAGAGCCCUGGAGUUGCUUAGAAAACACUUUGCAUCAGUGGUAACGCCAUCAAGCACCCUUGAUCCCUUUGGUGGGGAUUUUUUUUAAAACUUAAAAAAAAAAAAAAAAAGGCCUUUCAUUAGGCAAGUCAUUGAGCCAAAUCAGUGUUUAUUGUACUUUCUUUGUGUGCUACUUAAAAUGUGUGUAAUAGGAUGUAAUUUUCAUUUCUGGUGAAUCAGAAUAUCGGUAAAACAUGUAGAUGUUAACUCAAAGCUUUUGCUUUCUCUUUCUAAUGAAGUUAUUGCAAGAAUCCAAAUGGAAAUGAAGCUGUGGAAAUCUCUUUUACAUAUAUGUAUUUCAGAAGAACAUAGUGAUUCACCAAGUCAUUUAUGAGCACAAAUCAACAGCCAUUUUGCAAUCUUGUGAGCAAUAUGUCUUGGCACAUGAAUAUUCUUCCAUCUGUGUUCACUGAUGUUAACAAUAAAAAUCUUGUUUAUGUGUAUAAGCAUAA